CUGGCUCUUGAUGCAGGAUGCCAGAUUCAGUAGCAGCAUAGCAUCUUCCCCUUGUCCUACUGAGCUCUGACGAUAAAUUGGGGAGGGGGAGAACACGGCAAUGAUUGACUAGCAUUGAAGGAGAGGAGCGGACGAGUGAGAAAGAAAGGGAGGGGGAAGAGGGACGGCUGCCAUUCUACCAGAGGGAGAGGUGGCGGCGGCGGCGGCAGCAGCAGCAGCAGCAGGAGGAAAAAAAAAAGGCUCUUGGUGGAGUGAGCAGAGGCAGGGGAGGUCAUCGCCAUGGCUUGGAAUCUGCCCACUUGGAGAUGAGCCACACAAAGCCACUGCACAUCAUAAUGAAAGACGGAACACUUUCCUUCAUCCAGUGAUUGGCCAGACCCCAGAAGUGAACAAUCAUUUUGGUUUGCAAAGAUCUGUCUUUGACAUGUCAAGCAAAGCAAGUAGCAAGCGGCCGGCAACAGUCAGUAGUGAAUCUUCCAAUCACAAAAUGGUUUCAGAGGUGCCUCAGGAACGACCAAAUGGCAGGGCAUCAUCACGUACUUCCAGGAAAGGAAUUGCUUUUGGAAAACGUUCUAAUUCCAUGAAGAGGAAUCCCAAUGCUGCGGUGACCAAGAAUGGUUGGCUCUUCAAGCAGGCCAGCUCUGGAGUCAAGCAAUGGAAUAAGCGCUGGUUUGUAUUGGUGGAUCGCUGCCUUUUUUACUACAAAGAUGAGAAGGAGGAAAACAUCUUGGGCAGCAUCCCACUUCUCAGUUUUCGAGUGGCAGCUGUACAGCCAUCGGAUAACAUCAGCAGGAAAUACACCUUUAAGGUAACUGUAUGCUGGAUGGAAGAAAUGCCACGAAAUCACAAGAAGUCAUUCUCUCCUCAGGCUGAACAUGCUGGCAUCCGGACCUAUUUCUUCAGUGCUGAGAACAAUGAAGAACAAGAAUCCUGGAUUCAAGCCAUGGGCGAGGCUGCUCGGGUUCAAAUCCCACCUACUCAAAGGCACGAAAAGACUGAUUGUGAGAACAUUCCUCCUAGCAAAAAUCAUCAUCAGCAUCACCAGCGCAGUAUUCUUACCAGGGAGCUUGCCAAAGCUGAGUUGGAAGCAAAAACCAGAGGAGAAGGUGAUGGACGUGGUUCCGAGAAGAUUGAAAGAAAACUAGAACGUGUUGCAAAUAAGAAAGAGGCACUGGUGAAAACCAAUGGCAUUGCCAAUCAAGAUACACCCUCGGAGCCUGGAAGCCCUUAUCCUGAAGCAGCUCGUGUGCCAGUUGGAGUGGAGAGAACCCCACAGCCAAAUGGUUGGCAGUAUUCAUCCCCAACUCGUCCUGGCAGCAUGGCCUUUCCACAGCAUGAUGGCGAUACUGUUAUCUCUCGUCGGAGCUUUGCACCUCGCACUAAUCCAGAAAAGAUUGCUCAAAGAAAAAGCUCCAUGACCCAGUUGCAACAGUGGGUCAAUUUGCGCCGUGGAGUUCCACCACCUGAAGAUCUCCAUAGCCCCAACAGAUUCUUCCCAAUGUCUCGGAGAGUACCUGAUUAUUACCCUCCCUAUUCACCCCAAUACUCGGAGGAUUACCAGUACUAUCCACCUGGUGUGCGUCCUGACAGUAUCUGCUCUAUGCCUGCCUAUGAACGUGUGAGCCCUCAGUGGGCUGUGGAGGACAAGCGCCACGCCUUCCGCAACAACAGCACAUUCCAGCUGAGGGAGUGGAAAGAACAGCCUGGCUAUAGCAGGCAAGAUGUGCCCAUCUGGAUCCCAGGCCCCACACCGCAGCCAGUGUACUAUGAUGAAAUGGACGUUGCCUCAGGGUCCCUGCGCAGGAUGUCCCUUCAGCCUCGUUCACGAUCAGUCCCCCGCUCACCAAGUCAAGGCUCCUACAAUAGAACCAGAGUCUACUCUCCAGUAAGGUCACCCAGUGCCCAUUUUGAACGAAUGCCUUCUCGGAGUGAGGAGAUAUAUGCUGAGCCAACGAGUUACAUGAUGAGACGCUCUGUCAGUUCCCCAAAGUAUGAUUACCUUGGUGAUAGAAAGCCUGUUCCUGCAGGAAUGUUUCCCUUCAACUAUCCAGCAUCCCCUACAGUCCAUGAUAAAAUGAUGAGCGAGAGCGAGACUUUGAUCAGUAUGGUGAACAGAAUGGUGGAGAGCUCCUCUCCUAGGGCUCAGCUGUACUUGCAAGUGUCUCAUUUUCCUGACUCAUAUAGAGAGACGCUGCACACCUACAAGAUAAAUGAGCAACACACAGAUGUAAGAACACCUCUUCCUCACUGUCAUCUGCCUACUCAAUCCAUCUCCCAUCCUGUUACCACUGUCUACCCUGCAUUCCCUGAGAAGCUUCUAGGAAAACUCUGUGAACAAAACAAGGUGAUAAGAGAACAGGAAAGACUGGUACAGCAGCUCCGAGCAGAAAAGGAGAGUCUAGAGAGUGCACUGAUGGGGACACACCAGGAACUAGAGAUGUUUGGGAGUCAGCCAGCCUACCCUGAAAAACUGCUGCACAAGAAGGAAUCUCUUCAGAAUCAAUUGAUCAAUAUUCGGGUGGAACUAUCCCAAGCCAGCACGGCACUGGCCAACAGCACUAUGGAAUAUGAGAAUCUGGAAGCUGAGGUAUCAGCCUUGCAUGAUGAUUUAUGGGAACAGCUGAACUUGGACAUCCAGAAUGAAAUGCUCAACAGGCAAAUCCAGAAAGAGAUUUGGCGAAUCCAGGAUGUGAUGGAGGGACUCAAAAAGAACAACCCCUCCCGGGGCACAGACACCGCAAAACACCGAGUGGCCCUUGGCCCAUCAGGAACUUACAGCUCCAACAGUCCAGCCAGUCCUUUGAGCUCAGCUAGCCUCACAAGCCCCUUGAGCCCUUUCUCUCUUGUGUCUGGAUCCCAGAGCUCCCCUACCAAGCAAGGCAGCAAUGAGGAGCCUGGUCCACCUCGACCUCCCCUCCCCAAAUCAUAUGUGCCCUUGGAGUCUCCUCCGACUAUCCCUCCACUUCCUUCUGAAAGCCGUCUCUGGCCAUAUCCUAACUCCCCUUCCUGGCAGGAAAGCAGCGAGGCGAAGAGGGGACAGUCAAAGUCCAGCUUUGAGCAGACCAAGAAGGACCAUCACCGGGCAUCAGCCUCACAUUCAACAAUGGAGGCUGGUCUCUUGCAGCCAAGACAGGACCAAGAUUCUGACAAGCAGGUGGCACUCAACAAAGUUGGUAUUGUUCCUCCAAGAACUAAGUCACCUAUGGAUGAUGAGAACACACCAACAUCAGGUGUGGUGAGGAGGAGUGCCAAUGGGCGGGAUUCCCAGGCCAGGCCAAAGAGUGCUGUGUUUUCCAAUGAGAUGAAAGCAAAGAUGAGUGUCGAGGAACAAAUUGAUCGCAUGAAACGCCAUCAAAGCAGUUCUAUGAAGGAAAAGAGACGGAGCUUGCAACUUCCAGCCAAUCAGCAACAGACAGAUAGCCUUCUCUCAAAAGCACCUGCCUCUUAUAAAGUGGUUCGCAGGCAUCGCAGUAUCCAUGAAGUGGAUAUAUCUGACCUGGAGGCAGCAUUACGCUCUGAAGAUUCUGGCAGGAUGUAUGAAAGCCCCCGAGAUGAGAUUGCUCGCCUGCGCAAAAUGGAGUUGGAGCCAGAACAUUAUAAUGUGGACAUUAGCAAAGAGCUUUCCACUCCAGAUAAAGUCCUCAUCCCGGAAAGGUAUAUUGAGCUGGAACCUGAUACUCCACUGAGCCCUGAGGAGAUGAAGGAGAAACAAAAGAAAGUGGAAAGGAUAAAGACACUUAUUGCUAAAUCCAGCAUGCAAAACGUCAUCCCCCUCAGUGAGGGAGAAAUGGACGUGGCCCAGGACUCAGAGGCUCAGUUACAGGAGCAGGAAAAACGAAUUGAGAUUUCCUGCGCUUUAGCUACAGAAGCCUCCCGAAGAGGCCGCAUGCUGUCUGCUCAAUGUGCUACCCCGAGCCCUCCCACUUCCCCAGCUUCCCUGACUCCACCAACCAAGUCCCUCUCGUCUGACUCAUCCCAGGGCACCGACAGUCAUUUUAUGCGUGUCUGAACCUUAAACACAAGCCCUGGCUGCUGUGAAUGCUGUGAAGUUCCAUGGAGCCACAUUUUAACACAUGAAUUUGUCCUCUCAACUCUACUGCUUAAUAAUGUACAUAACCAUUCCCAUGGUUUGCCAACUAUCUCCUGCGGUUGAGCUGCAGAAACAUUCAGGAAGGAAAACUGCCUCUGAAGAAAAGAAGUGUGCUUUGUCUUUGCUCUGUUCUCCUCCCACUGCUGCCAAAGUUUGUAUCAAAACCUCUCAGAUGCCUGAUCUAUAAAAGCAAUUAAAGAAGCAGCAUCCAGGAGAAGUUCCAUUCUGCGAGAUGGCUUCUUCCUCCUGCAGGAGGCAUCAAGACAAAGGACGGGUGGCUAAAGGUCAGCAGAAGCAUCAAAUAAUUUGAACUGAAAAACAAAAGCUGGUGACAGCAGGGGAAUGUUCAAUUUCCUGUCCUUAGGUAGCCAUUUCCUAAAUUUCUAACCUCCUUCAUUACUUGUUUUUAUUUUACUUUUUUUUUUUUACUUUGAGAGAGGAGAAGUAUAUAAAGAAUAGAUUGUCAUGGCAGCCAGAGACUUUAUAACCAUUUUAUUGAAUUGAACGACGUAUUUUUCCUCCUCACACUUUGUUCCCAUCUGCCAAUCUGAUUGGCUCUAGAAACUUUAAUCUAUGGAAUUAAGCAACCCAUGCAUGGUCAUGCUGCUUAUACUUAUAUCUACCCACUCACAAGAAGAAAAAGGAGGAAGCAUCACUGAACCUUGUGGAUAUGGCAGAUAAAGAAAACAGAAGGCUGUCAGUGUGGAGGGAAAAAAACCAGAAGCAGCUUUGAAAUCUGCUAAUUCUUAGGAAUCUUGUAAUGGCUGUGAUAUGCUGAAGAGUUCCCCCCCCUCACUUUUCCUAAGUUUAUGAGAAAGAUGGAAUAGGAAGUAUGUGCAAUGUACGUGGACAUGUAAUAGAAGUGUGGAUGAAAGAUACAAAGGGGAAGGAUGGCCAUAAAAGAGUUCAGUUUGAUGGGAUAAACCACUUUGUGUGUUUUAAGUUUACUGUGACUCAGAAGUGGGACUGGCAGGUGACAUAUUUAUUCUCAUAUCAGAACCAAUUCAAAAUAGUGCCACUCAACUCUUGGUUCUCCAGGAUAUAUGUUGGAGCCAGAAAGAAAGUAUAUGCUAUGAAGAUUUCGGCAUAAAGAAACUAAUGAAAUAGUAAGUCUGCAAGAUAAAUGGAAAUGUGUCUGAACUUAACUAAAGCAAGUAUGAGCUGAUUCCAUAGUAUGUAUAAAUCAAUUCUCUCCUAUGUAUCAUUGGAAGGAGAAAGUGAGGCUUUUUCAAUUUCUGCCAUUUGUAGCAUUUCUCUCAACUUUAGAAUAAUAGAGAAACGUUUACUUUGAAGUAGAAUUCUCUCACUAUCUCACACAGUGCAUUUCAUUCAUCUCUGUCCAAGCUAGAGCUAUAAUAACAAUGGCUUAUGAUCAUGAACUUUCAGAGGAACUAAGCUCAUAUGUCAAGAGUACAAGACCUUUGCUGUAUUUGCUUCUAUCAGCAUCUGAAAGUUGGCAGCUUUCCCAAAUGAGUUCUCAGUUUUUUCUAAACAAGUUGUGAAAAUAAUUCAGAAGGACAGGACAGGGGAGAGUUACUGUACAAAAAAAGGACUUAGGAAAUUUAUUCUUGUGAAGUACAGUAAGUACCAAGUUGUCCUAACCUAUAUUAAGCUAGAUCAAAGAUAUAAUGUGGACUUUUCCUCGCUGCAGUUGUACACUCAAAGAUUUAUACAUGGUAAAUCCUGAACUGAAUACCACUUAAAGCUAAGAUGAUCUUACUUGUUUAGAAAUACAGUAAUCAGACUUUGCAUUAAACCUUGUAACACUUCAUAAUCAGAAUCCCUUACUGCUGAACUUGGGCACGGACAGGACCUGUCACCCAAUGUAGUGCUUUUGAAAACAAUCUGCCUUAUUAAUAGAUGAAUCAAAAUAUAAGUGGAUGAUCACGUGGCUCAUAGAUUUAUUUCAAAGGCUAUCAAUUGAUCAUGCCCAAUAUAAAGCCAACUAGAGUCGAUUUUAUGGAAGCAAAUAAAAUUGUUCUAGAUCAGAAUACAAAAAAAACCAGCUAGCUUCUUUAUAAUCCAGACCUAGAUAUUCAAUGAGUUCACUGCCAUGUUUUCAAAAAUUCUGCAUUUCUUCCCCAUCCCCCAAUAUUUUGCUUCUUUGCAAGUACAGAUAGUCCUCGACCUAUGGCCACAAUUAAACCCAAAAUUUAUGUUGCUACAUUUGUUAAAGUGAGUUUUGCCCCAUUUACAACCUUUCUUGCCACAAUUGCUAAGUAAAUCACUUCAGU